AUGGUCAUCCAAGCAAGGACAAGCCCGCGCUCUGCCAACUACGGCCAAGGGCUGUGCCGCAACAAGCAAGGGAAAGCCGGAAGGCCAAAUGGCACGACGAGGGGUGAGACAAGGACCAGGCCCCCGUCCAGCACCGGUCUGGUGGUCCCGUCGUUCUUGGGAAAGCUGGGGACCGGGGUACAAAGCAGGCAUCCCUGUCUUCUUAUCGACACACAGUGCUUUUGCCCGCUUCUGGAAAAGUGCAGAGCGUGGCAGAGCCAUGUCAAGCCCUCCCUUCUCAGCAUGGCGCUGCCGCCGUCGCGCCUCAUCGACGACCAUGUGUCCGCCCCGCAGAUGGAUCGAGACCUCCCGCGCCGACAAGAAUCAGCAGAGGCCCGAGGGAAUGGCCGACGGGGCUUCAUGAGGCUGCCGUCGCGGGCGGCGGGAGGGGUCUUUCGAUACGGUAGCGUAAUGGGCCAGUGA